GUUGCCGUAAACACGGUUUGUCGCAAAAGUUCCACAUAGCGGAUGUUGUCUAUGCUCUGUUGGCAAUUGAUUGCUUCUGAAAUGAGCGGUUGACAGCAUGUACGUGUAAAUAAUGUACCUUAACCGGUGAUUGAAGUCUUUCGAUAUUCUUCACUAUCCACCUCUUAAAACUGCCUCUGCAUAAUGACAUUAUCUUUUGUUUACUAGAGACACUCUUGACUCUCCCUGCAGCACAGGCAGGUGAUCUAGCUAGCUAACGUUAGCUAUUAGAAACAACUUAUGUCGCUUGGGAGAGUGCCUAGUGUUGCCUUGGGCUUAAUUGAAGAUCUAGAAGAAACCAGGACAGGAGACACAACCAAGUUCUUCGAGGAUGGACUUUGUCAAAACAGUCCUAGUGACUGGAGGGGCAGGUUUUAUUGGGUCUCAUUUUGUUUGCUCCCUGGUCAACCGGCAUCCAACGUGGCGCAUAAUUAACUUGGAUAAUCUGGACUACUGUUCCAAUCUCAGGAGCCUGGAGGCAGUAGAAGACAGAGGGAACUACACCUUUAUCAGGGGUGACAUAUGCAAUCCACGUUUAGUAAACCACAUCUUUGCCACAGAAAACAUCAACAUUGUUUUUCACUUUGCAGCUCAAACCCAUGUUGAGACAUCCUUCAUAUGGCCAUCCAGAUACCACCAAACCAACGUAGAGGGGACACAGGUGCUACUAAAAUCAGCCUUUGAAGCCAGGGUGGAGAAGUUCAUUUACGUUAGCACAGACGAGGUGUAUGGAGAGAGCCUUGAUAAGGAAUUUGAUGAAAGCAGCCCAAGGAGACCCAACAACCCAUACUCUGUGUCCAAAGCAGCCGCUGAGUGUCUUGUUUUGUCUUACUGGGAGAGACAUAUGUUUCCUGUUAUAAUAACAAGAAGCAAUAACGUCUAUGGACCCAGACAGUAUUUGGAGAAGGUCAUUCCAAAAUUUCUAUCCCUCCUUCAGCUAAACAAAAAAUGUACCAUCCAAGGGACCAGCCCCCAGUCUCGCCACUUCCUGUUUGUAGAUGAUGCCGUCGAAGCGUUUCACACCAUCCUGGCAAGGGGAGAAGUGGGAGAAAUCUACAACAUUGGAACUGACUUUGAGAUAUCCAUCGUUCAACUAGCCAGACAACUGAUCCAGAUGGUCCGGCAUAUUCCUCACACAGAGCUCGACGACUGGCUGGAGUUUGUUCCUGACCGGCCAAUGGUGGACCUGAGAUACCCGUUAAACUGCCAGAAGCUGCGGCGGCUGGGUUGGAAACCGGCAGUGUCCUGGAAAGAAGGCAUCAGGAGGACAGUGAAAUGGUAUCAAGCCAAUCCAGACUUCUGGCCCAACGCCAACUUUUGAAGACGAACCAUCAGCUAUGAGCCUGACACCAAAGACCAAUAAGCACACCGAUCUUCUUUCAGUACUCAAGGUCACCAACCAUGCUCCUGGAAAGCCACUGGGUCGGGUGUCUUUUGGUCCAGCCAAGUAUUAACCCACCGGUUUCAAAUAAUGGUUUUAGUUGUGGACCAAAACUCUAUUCCUUCGCUCAUCUCAAUUACUGUGGGGACCUCUUUUGUAUAAUUUUGCUAUGUUUUUAUAUAAUACAGUAGAAAGUAAUUUAUAUUAGAGACCCAAAGAUUGUAAUUAUUUUUCCAGAAGUGAAUUUAGCUGUAGGUCAGAUAGCAUUAAAGUAUGUAAAAAAGUAUGUAAACAUUCACUUGAUAAUACAUAAGGUAUGUACUGUACAAGUUGAUAAACAUGUCACAUACAUUAUUUAAAAGCUUUAUUUAAUGCAGUACAAAACUGAUACUUAUCUUGGUUUUAAAAGAUAAAGACCACAGUCUGCAACCUGAUGGCAGUACUGUGUAUUUGCUGUUC